AUAUAUAUAUAUGUGUGUGUAUAAGAAUGGAGUACAGGAAACCACUUAACCAAAAUGGUAUUAAUUUUUAUAAAGCUUAAAAAAAUUAAAAAAUGAAAUGAAAACUUGCUGGUAGAUUUAAUUAAUUAAAAAAUCUGGAGGGUAAGAAAAAAUCAGAUAACAUAUUCCCUUUUUUAAAAAUGAAAAAAGGCUGCAAUUGGAAUAUCCCCCCCGAAUUUGUUUAAGUGCUCCAAUAUGCCCUGUAUAUCAUGGGGAUUGGGGGGGGAACCCUCAGAUCAACGGGUCAAAUGGGGAUAUAGCUGGACUCUGCACCCCCCACCCACCCAUGCCAGCCCCAUCUCCCUAGGGUACUCCAGCUCUUCUCUGAGUUGGAUGCUUUUGCCUGGCUACAAUAUUCCAUUGAUUAUUCCCCUGACCUGCCUGGAUGGAGGGGUGUGUGCAUGUAAAUAGACUUCUGGUUUCUGUGGCUUGAAUGUAUCCCCCGGCUUGCGUGUAUUUUACUUCCUUGCAUUCUUACACCACCUAUCCUGCCAGGAGCUCAAGGUAGUGUGCGUGGUUCCCCAUCUCCCCAUUUCUUCCUCACAACACCCCUGUGAGGUAGGCCAGGCUGAGAGACAGUGACUGGCCCAAGGUCACCCAGUGGGCUUCACAGCCAGUUGGGUAUUUGAACCCCGGCCUCCCAGGUCUCAGCAUAGAGCUCUAACCACUACACCAAAUUGCCACUCUGCACUAGCAGUGCUCUCUGGUAUUAGAUGGGAGUCUUUUCCCAGCCUCUCUUAAAUACAUCACGAAUUGGGCUUGGGGGUAUCGGCUCUGCCAAAUGAGCUAAGGCUGCUCUCCAAUCUCUUUUUUAUAUAUUUUUUGAAUUAUAAAAUUUUCAAAUAUUACAAAUACUUUUAAAAUAUAAGCGUAACUAAUUUCUCAUAUCCGUUGACUUCCUAUCCACCAUCCCGUGGUGUUUUUUUAUUCCUUUACAAAGCUGCAAUGUUAGUUGUAUUAUAUCUACUCGCGACUUAAUCAUCCAGGGUCCUUUAUCUUUUUUUAUUAUUAUUAGCUCUAAUUGGUUAACUUAAAAAUUCUCAUCUGCCACUAUACUCAAAAUCCUGUGUACAAUUUAACACAACCAUGAUAUCUUUUUCCCAAGUAUUCCCCAAAAUAUUUUCAUUCUUCAAGAAUCUUAUUUUAUCAUUUUGUUCUCUAACUCUGGCUCCCCUCCAGCUAUCUCUUGCAACCUAUGAAGCUGCCUAUGUGACACCAAGAUGAGAACCGCCAUAGCUGAAGGGCAGGAUCCCUCCCUUCAAGGCAGAGCUUCCUGGGCUCAGUUCGUCAUUUCCCCUGAACCAAAUCAACUUGCAGGCAUCAAUGGGGAAGACCAAAUUGACAUGGCUAAACUGACCCCCAAAAACUCACUGCAGUCAACCGCAGGAAACAGCCACAGGCUGGGCCCCCCAACCCUAGGCUUGCAAAAAGUAAAAAACACAACCCCCCAAAAGCUGAGCUUUUUUUUUUAACAAACCCCAAACCUUUUUAGAUUUUUUUUUACAAAUAUGUAAAAAAAAAACCCGCAAUUUUUUACCAAAGGUUUGUCAGUGCCAAUGAAAACUAAUAGAUGAAUAGAACAAUUACCUAUCCAUGUGGCGCUGAAACAAAAACCUUGCACAUCCACUAUGUAAAAGAAUGAAAGUCUACUAUCCCCCUUCUCUCCCCCCCCCACCUUAUACUGUAAGCAGGAGAGCUUUCCAAACUUCAUGUUGGUGACACUCUUUUUAGAGAUGCAUGAUUUUGCAGCAGAGUAAUUCAGUUUUGCGUCAUUUCGCAGCACAGUAAUUCAGUUUCCCUAGCAAACCAUAUUUUAAACUAACCCCUUUCCAGUUCCAUGGAGGAACGUGGGGAGCAUUUGGAAGACACACCUACACACUGCAGCCGACACACUAACAUGUUGCGACACACAGUUUGGAAAGCUCCGGUAUAGGGCAUUAAAGUCUCACAUUGAAUAUAAAUGAAGAAAUGACUUUUUAUGAUCUGAAAACACAGAAGAUGUAUGCACUUUUUUGGUAACCCAAGAAAAUCUUGAUUAAAAACAAAAAGAAUGAAGUUGUAAGCCUCUAUGUGGAAUAUGGUCUGAAGCUCAACAUCAAAAAAACCAAGAUCAUGGCCACUGGUCCCAUCACCUCCUGGCAAAUAGCAGGGGACGAAAUGGAGGCAGUGAGAGAUUUUACUUUCUUGGGCUCCUUGAUCACUGCCGAUGGUGACAGCAGUCACGAAAUUAAAAGACCCCUGCUUCUUGGGAGAAAAGCAAUGACAAACCUAGACAGCAUCUUAAAAAGCAGAGACAUCACCUUGCCGACAAAGGUCCAUAUAGUUAAAGCUAUGGUUUUCCCAGUAGUGAUGUAUGGAAGUGAGAGCUGGACCAUACAGAAGGCUGAUCGCCGAAGAAUUAAUACUUUUGAAUUAUGGUGCUGGAGGAGACUCUUGAGAGUCUCAUGGACUGCAAGAAGUUCAAACCUAUCCAUUCUGAAGGAAAUCAGCCCUGAGUGCUCACUGGAAGGACAGAUCAUGAAGCUGAGGCUCCAAUACUUUGGCCACCUCAUGAGAAGAGAAGACUCCCUGGAAAAGACCCUGAUGCUGGGAAAGAUGGGGGGCACAAGGAGAAGGGGAUGACAGAGGAUGAGAUGGUUGGACAGUGUUCUCGAAGCUACGAACAUGAGUUUGACCAAACUGCGGGAGGCAGUGGAAGACAGGAGUGCCUGGCGUGCUAUGGUCCAUGGGGUCACGAAGAGUCGGACACGACUAAACGACUAAACAAUUGCUGAGUUUUCCAAACUUGCUGGCAUAUUGGGUGUAGCACCUUAACAGCAUCAUCUUUUAAAAUUUUAAAUAGUUCAGCUGGAAUAUCACUUCCGCUGGCCUUGUUAUUAGCAGUGCUUUCUAAGGCCCAUUUGACUUCACUCUCCAAGAUGUCUGGCUCAAGGUCAGCAACCACACUUCCUGGGGUGUACAAGACCUCCAUAUCUUUGUGGUAUAAUUCCUCUGUGUAUUCUUGCCACCUCUUCUUGAUGUCUUCUGCUUCUGCAGGUGUAGACAGUGAUAAUCAGGAUCCCCUGAUAACUACUGUACCAGACUUUUAGAAGACAUCUGAAGGCAGCCCUGUUUAGGGAAGCUUUUAAUGUUUAAUAGAUGUUCUGCAUUUUGAUGUUCUGUUGGAAGCCGCCCAGAAUGGCUGGGAAACUCAGCCAGAUGGGUGGGGUAUGAAUAAUAAUUUUUUAUUAUUAUUAUGAUUAGUAGUAGUAAAUGAUUCUUUAUGGAUGUAAUAGUGGAAAAUUGAUUUGAAUGAUUAUUGUAAAAUAUGCAGGGAUGUAAGAUAUGUAAAAUGUACAAUCAAAAGAGAAGAAUGGAAGUCAUUGGAUAUUUCCAAGUUUGCAAAAUGUUUAUUUGGAAUUGUAAAACAGAAAAUAUUAUAAUAAGCAUUAUUAUAAAAAAAUAAAAUAUAAGAAUAACAAUAUUAUAAAAACAGAUAAACAGGGUUAUUGGUUUUUUUUAAUGGAACCAAAAAGGCAUAAUAAAAUUACAUUUCUGAUUAAGGCUUGUCUAAACAAAAACACUGGAAGGACAGAUCGUGAAGCUGAGGCUCCAAUACUUUGGCCACCUCAUGAGAAGAGAAGACUCCCUGGAAAAGACCCUGAUGUUGGGAAAGAUGGAGGGCACUAGGAGAAGGCGAUGAAAGAGGAUGAGAUGGUUGGACAGUGUUCUCAAAGCUACCAACAUGAGUUUGACCAAACUGCGGGACGCAGUGGAAGACAGGAGUUCCUGGCGUGCUAUAGUCCAUGGGGUCACGAAGAGUUGGACACGACUAAAUGACUAAACAACAACAAUGGGGAAGACUGAAAUUCCCACACUGCGCUUGCCACCAAAAGCAAGUUCCUGAGGUGCUGCAGUUCCCUCCCUGCUGGUCGUUGGCCGAAGAGCCCUAGGCAAGGAAGACCAUGCUGGAGAAUGAGGGGAACGUGGCCUCUCUGGCCCUGCCGCUUCCCAAGAUGAGCCUCAUCCCCCGUGCAGAGCAAGCAGAAGAGCCCAGGCCCCCACAAUGUCAGAUCUCAGACGGAACAGGGGCUGCCAUUUCGGACACCAGCUCAGCAGGAGAUUCGAGGAGAAAACAUUUCUGCCCAGAGUGCGGCCGAUGCUUUGCCUUCCGAGUGGCUCUUGCUAAACACCAGAGAAUCCACACAGGGGAGAAGAUCCAGGAAAACUCUGAGAGCGGGGAAUGUUUUGGUCAGAGUUUGGAGCUUGCCAGCCAUUUGGAAACCCCUACGUCUUUGGAGUUCAGGAAGGUUCUUGCUCAUCAGCCCAUCGUUCUAAUCCAAAGAAACAUCCAUACAAGAGAAGAUAUCUCAUAUCGCUGCUUGGAGUGUGGGGAAGGUUUUUCCCAAAUCUCAGUUUUUGUGAAACAUGAGGGAGGCCACAGAGGAGAGAAACCCCGUAAAUAUGGCGAGAGUAGGAAUGGGUUCCCCAAGAGAUCACAGCUUUGUGGGCACCGUAAAGUCCACACAGGAGUGAAGCCCCACAAAUGCAGUGUGUGUGGGUUAUGCUUUUCUGCUAGGUCACAACUUGUUACCCAUCAGCGAACCCACACUGGAGAAAAACCCUAUGAAUGCCCGGAGUGUGGGAAAUCAUUUGCUCAAAAGUCAGUCCUUGUAAUCCAUCAGAGGCUCCACACAGGAGAGAAGCCCUAUGAAUGCAGGGAGUGUGGGAAAUGUUUUCAUGCGAAUGCUAACCUUCUGAGCCAUGAGACUGUUCACACCGGAGAGAGGCCUCAUAAAUGUGCAGAGUGUGGGAAAAGUUUUCUUGUACCAGCACAACUUUCAAUCCACCAGAGAAUCCACACAGGGGAGAAACCCUACAAAUGCAUGGAGUGUGGAAAAUGCUUUUCCCAGAAACAGCACCUCAAGGCGCAUGAAAAAAUCCACACAGGGGAGAAACCCUACAAAUGCAUGGAGUGUGGAAAAUGUUUUGCCCACAAAUCUAACCUUCUCGUACACCAGAGAAUCCACACAGGAGUGAGGCCAUAUGAAUGUGGAGAGUGUGGGAAAUUUUUUUCUACUUCAUCACAUUUUCUUGUUCAUAGGAGAGUCCACACAGGAGAAAAGCCACAUAAAUGUUUAGACUGUGGAAUGUCAUUUACUAUAGCACAAAGCCUUAAGGGUCACCAGAGAACCCACACAGGAGAGAAACCCCACAAAUGCAUGGAGUGUGGAAAAUGUUUUGCCCACAAAUCACACCUUCUUGUACACCAGAGAAUCCACACAGGAGUGAGGCCAUAUGAAUGUGGAGAGUGUGGGAAAUGUUUUUCUGAUUCAUCAGGUCAUCUUUCUCAUAGGAAGAGAGCCCACACAGGAGAAAAGCCACAUAAAUGUUUAGACUGUGGAAUGUCAUUUACUUUAGCACAUAGCCUUAGGGCGCACCAGAGAAUCCACACAGGAGAGAAACCCCACAAAUGCUUGGAGUGUGGGAAAUCAUUUGCUCAAAAGUCAUACCUUGUUACCCAUCAGAGAAUCCACACAGGGGUGAGGCCAUAUGAAUGUGGAGAGUGUGGGAAAUGUUUUUCCUUUUCAUCAAAUCUUAUUUCUCAUAGGAGAGUCCACACAGGAGAAAAGCCACAUAAAUGUUUAGACUGUGGAAUGUCAUUUACUGUAGCACGAAGCCUUAAGGAUCACCAGAGAAUUCAUACAGGAGAGAAAACCUAUAAAUGCUUGGAGUGUGAGAAAUCAUUUCCUAAGAAGUCAUACCUUGUUAUCCAUCAGAGAAUCCACACAGGAGAGAAACCCUAUAAAUGCUUGGAGUGUGAAAAAUCAUUUUCUAAGAAGUCAUACCUUGUUAUCCAUCAGAGAAUCCACACAGGAGAGAAACCCUAUAAAUGCUUGGAGUGUGAGAAAUCAUUUUCUAAGAAGUCAUACCUUGUUACCCAUCAAAUGAUCCACACAGGAGUGAGGCCAUAUGAGUGUGGAGAAUGUGGAAAAUGUUUUUCAACUUCAUCACAUCUUAUUUCCCAUAGGAGAGUCCACACAGGAGAAAAGCCAUAUAAAUGUUUAGACUGUGGAAUGUCAUUUACUGUAGCACAAAGCCUUAAGGGUCACCAGAAAAUCCACACAGGAGAGAAACCCCACAAAUGCUUGGAGUGUGGCAAAUGUUUUUCAACGAAAAACAGCCUUGUGAUCCAUCAGAGGAUCCACACAGGAGUGAGGCCAUAUGAAUGUGGAGAGUGUGGGAAAUGUUUUUCUGAUUCAUCAGGUCAUCUUUCUCAUAGGAAGAGAGCCCACACAGGAGAAAAGCCACAUAAAUGUUUAGACUGUGGAAUGUCAUUUACUUUAGCACAUAGCCUUAGGGCGCACCAGAGAAUCCACACAGGAGAGAAACCCCACAAAUGCUUGGAGUGUGGGAAAUCAUUUGCUCAAAAGUCAUACCUUGUUACCCAUCAGAGAAUCCACACAGGGGUGAGGCCAUAUGAAUGUGGAGAGUGUGGGAAAUGUUUUUCCUUUUCAUCAAUUCUUAUUUCUCAUAGGAGAGUCCACACAGGAGAAAAGCCACAUAAAUGUUUAGACUGUGGAAUGUCAUUUACUAUAUCAAAAAGCCUUAAGCUGCACCAGAGAACCCACACAGGAGAGAAACCUUACAAGUGCUUGGAGUGUGGCAAAUGCUUUUCAAGGAAAAACCACCUUGUGAACCAUCAGAGGAUCCACACAGGAGUGAGGCCAUAUGAAUGUGGAGAGUGUGGGAAAUGUUUUUCUACUUCAUCACAUCUUCUUGUUCAUAGGAGAGUCCACACAGGAGAAAAGCCACAUAAAUGUUUAGACUGUGGAAUGUCAUUUACUAUAGCACAAAGUCUUAGGGUGCACCAGAGGAUCCACACAGGAGAGAAACCUUACAAGUGCCUGGAGUGUGGGAAAUGCUUUUCUCAGUCAUCACAUCUUCGCAGUCACCAGAAAGUCCACACAGGAGAAAAGCCACAUAAAUGUUUAGACUGCGGAAUGUCGUUUACUUUAGCACACAGCCUUAAGGGUCACCAGAGAAUACAUACAGGAGAGAAACCCUAUAAAUGCUUGGAGUGUGGGAAAUUAUUUUCAAGAAAAGACAAGCUUGUGAUCCAUCAGAGAACCCACAGUGGAGAGCAACCCUAUAAAUGCUUGGAGUGUGGGAAAUGUUUUCCAAGGAAAGACACCCUUGUGAUCCAUCAGAGGAUCCACACAGGAGGGAAAGCAUACAAAUGCUUGGAGUGUGGGAAAUUUUUUUCUCAGUCAUCAAAUCUUCGCAGUCACCAGAAAGUCCACACAAGAGGGGACCUUCCCAAUGUCUAGGAAAUGUUUUUCACAGAGUGGAAACCUUCAAAGACUCCACGUGGAGCAUAUAAAUGUUGGGAGUGCAGGGGAUGUUUUGAUCAGCGAUCAGCCCUUAUGGAACACAAGAGUGUCCAUACAAAAAGGAGGACGUAUUGAUAUCAGGAGUUUGGAAAAUGCUUUGUUAAGAAAUGAAUCUUUUAUCAACAUUGGCAAUUCCACCAAGGAAAUACAAUGCAAAUGUCUGGAGUGUGGGAAAUGGUUUGCUGCUCAUUCGGACCUUCAAAGGCACCAGAGAAUCCACAAAAAAGGGAAAGACCAUUAAUGUUUCGAGUGUGGGAAAUGUUUGGCCUGGAAGGGAAGCUGGUGCUGCAUCAGGGAGCCCAGACAGGAAGAGAGAGCACGCAAAUGCUUUGAGUAUGUGUAUUGCCAGGUAAUUUCAGAAAGUGGUGUCUCCUGAUCUCGAUGUAAUGAUAGCUUUAGAUCCUUAUAUAUCUAUCUGUCCAUAUAACGAGGGCUUCCUCAUAAAUCUAUCUGUAUAAUGAGAACUUGGCCUGAUAAGGAGUCAGCUAGCAGACAGGCCUGUCUUCACCCAGCCAUGGAACUGGCAAUUAGACAUAGACUUUGGCUCACCGCUGUAACCAGAGAGAGUAACUUUGCUCUGUGCCGACCGCGGAGAUAAGGGAGGAUGGCAACAGAACCUAAAGAACCCACCUGCUAUUAGAUAAUUUUUAAAAGCCUCUAUAUAAGGGCGCCACGACAGCGGCUCUCUGAGUCCCUCGUUCGAGUUCCGCCAGCAAACGUCGACAUUGGCCCUAUCGAGGGAAGAGAAGGAUCUCCUGCUCCCAGGGUCCUAUGCCCCACAAAUAACCCAGAGAUGCAUUUUAAAUAAAAGCACAUAUUAUACUCAUUUAAAAACACUCUGAUUCCCAGACCAUCCAUGGGCCAGAUUUAGUGUGUGAUUGAGCCAGAUCCGGCCCCGGGGCCUUAGUUUGCCUAUGCAUGAUCUGUUCUAAGGUAGAGAUGCAAUAGGGAUAAUGCUUCUCUAAAACAUAGGUUUAUUUCAUUCUCCUUUUGUCCUAUAACUGAAAUUAUCAGUAGAACUGUACAGAACAACCUUACAUUUACUGAGCAAAAUAUCCUCUUCAGUUAUAUACCCAGCACAUGGAACCUUACAAAAGGACCAUACAAGUGGACUCUCCGUGGCCUGACCGCAGCAAAAGGACUGAUACUGAUGAAUUGGAAAAAUAAAAAUGCAGCUCCCGUCUCCAAUUGGAUUGGAGACUUCUACAAACUCGCAACAUAUAAACAACUGGCAUAUAAAUCCAGUCUUGCCAUGGAAAAGUUCAAUGAUAUUUUGGAUCCAUUUUUACAAAUCCUGUAGUAGGUUCAGGUGUGGUGAAGUACAAUAACAUCCUUGUAAAAUAUACAGUUUGGGGGUUCCCCCCUCCCCCCUUUAUUUUCCCCUCGACACAGUUUCUGUUUCUCUUUUAUUCACGUCUCACCAUAUUUACUGCACGUAUAAUUAAGUACUUUUUGAACUUUCAAUAAAAUUGUUAGACUGUUUAUUUGGAUUCUCUUGCUUUGCUUAAAUUAAUAAAAGCUUCCUGUUCCUUCGUCGCCACCAAAGAGCACAUUGAGGUGGUGAAUUAAAAAAUGUUUUAAGCCAUGAGCAAACUAUUCCCUUCGCUCCUCACCUCUGAAACAUAACAUUUUUUAUCAUGAAGGACAAAAAGCCUCCCACAAAUCCUUGGAAUGUGUGAAAAAUCCUACUUCCUUCCGCCCUUUUAAAAAUGUCAUUUAUUGAAAAUCAAAGUAGUGCAUACAAAAAACACUUGUGAAUUCAGCCUGAUGCAAUCUCACUUUAUGCAAGGUAAGUAAGAAAAACAAAAGAAAAAAUUAAAGGCAAGGAUUAAAAAACUAAUGAGUAAGAGUACAAACAUACUAAGAACGCUGAAGUUCGAAUUUCAAAGCAUCAUAAAGUAAAUGUACAUUUUCCAUUUUGCUCCUGGUAUUCCUUUUACUGAAUUUUUUUCCGUUCCGCUUUGAGUUUUGUUUGUUUUUUGAAUGGUCCAGUGGUGGACAACUUUCAGUAAAUAAAUAAACGAGUAAGACCUCCUUGGUUUUGAAAAGUGCCCAAUUCUCCUGGUUUCAACCUCGAUGGGGGCUGAAGGCAGUUUUACACUGGAAGUGAGGGAGGUUGCCCAGCAUCUCCCUCUUUCCCCUCCUGCAACCUGAGAGGGUGUUGUAAAUUUUAAGGUUAUAAUCGUUCAUAAACAUAUACAUGAAUGUACAGGCACAUGUCUGAAGCAGCACAGGAGGACAGGCCUAACUGACACCAUUUUGACUCUCUCUGACCAGAAUAACACACACAUUUCCACAUGACUUAUCAGCUUGGGAGCCAUAAUCCUGUAAGCCGGCACUAGCCAUCUCAUUCAGAAUGGAAGACUCUUCCGAACAAAAGAUAGUUCUAGUUACAGGUAGGUAGCCGUGUUGGUCUGAGUCGAAGCAAAAUAAAAAAAUUCCUUCAGUAGCACCUUAAAGACCAACUAAGUUUAUAUUUUGGUAUGAGCUUUCGUGUGCAUGCACACUUCUUCAGAUACCAAAGAUAGUAACAAAAGAUAGUGAUCAACUUUUAGGAAUCUGUUAAUUUCUCUUUGUGUUUAGGAAUUCACACCUGGGAGGGGUAAGAGGAGGACUAGGAGAGGUGUCAAAGGUGCUCAGAUUUCUACCUUGAACCCUCCCUUUUUGUGAGGUAUUGAUUAUGUUGCUGUGAUGUAGGAAUGAUGUAUUUUGGGGGUGUUUCUUGGUGAUGGGAAAACUGAUAAAAGUGGAGGUUCUCUUUUGUUCGGGGUUCCUUCCUUGUUCUCCUGCGUGAGGGGAAGGACCCUGUUGCAACAGCAAAAAUAAAAGGCUUUGCUUCUCAAAAUUCUCUGGUUGGCCUCUGUUAUAUUCUCCGACUGAUGGAGAACCCCAUAAGGGCAGAUUUUUGCUUAUUUCAAGGGCAUUACAGUGAAAGCAGCGUUUGGCCAGCUGCAGCAGCAGCCAAAAUGCUCUUAUUUUAAUCCCCGCUAUUAAAAAUGUGUUGGGUGAGUCUUAGCCAGAAGGCAGCACACCACUGUAGCAGCCCAACUGCAUUUUUCCUAUCUUGCCUUUUCUCCAAGGGACUCAUGGCGGCCUCUGGUGCGCUCCGCUUUCCUAGCUACCAUCACAACAACCCUGUGAGGUGAGUCUGCUUGAGAGGCCGCCAACAGCCACAGGCCGCUCCUUGAUCAGUACUUUUGGUUUAGAUGGGAGCAUGAGACUCUUAAUCUCGGGGUCACGGGUUUGAGCCCCACAUGAGGCAAAAGAGUCCUGCGUUGCCGGGGGUUGGACUGGAUGACCCUUGGGGUCCCUUCUAACUCUAGAAACCAACCAUGUUGACAUGCUUCAUCAGGCCUUACUGUUCAUAGGAGAGUCCAUAGAGGAGAAAAGCCACAUAAAUGUUUAGACUGUGGAAUGUCAUUUUCUUUAGCAUGAAGCCUUCGGGCGCACCAGAGAAUCCACACAGGAGAGAAACCUUACAAGUGCUUGGAGUGUGGCAAAUGUUUUUCAAGGAAAGACAGCCUUGUGAUCCAUCAGAGGAUCCACACAGGAGUGAGGCCAUAUGAGUGUGGUGAGUGUGGGAAAUGUUUUUCUAAUUAAUCAGGUCUUAUUUCUCAUAGGAGAGUCCACACAGGAGAAAAGCCACAUAAAUGUUUAGUGGAAUGUCAUUUACUUUAGCACAAAGCCUUAGGGGGCACCAGAGGAUCCAUACAGGAGGGAAACCCUAUAAAUGCUUGGAGUGUGAGAAAUCAUUUUCUAAGAAGACAUACCUUUUUAUACAUCAGAGAAUAUACACAGGAGAGAAACCCUAUAAAUGCUUGGAGUGUGAGAAAUGUUUUACUCAGUCAUCACAUCUUCGCAGGCACCAGAAAGUCCACACAGGAGGAGACCUUCCCAAUGUGUAGAGUGUAGGAAAUGUUUUUCACAGAGUGGAAACAUUGAAAGACUCCCUGUGGAAUAUAAAGGUUGGGAGUGUGGGGAAUGUUUUGAUCAGCGAUCAGCCCUUGUGGAACACAAAAGUGUCCAUACAAAAAGGAGGACUUAAGAUAUCAGGAGUUUGGAAAAUGCUGUGUUAAGAAAUGAAUCUUUUAUCAACAUUGGCGAUUCUACGUACUAAUGUGUUAGGUGAGCCUUAGCCAGAAGGCAGGACACCACUGUAGCAGCCCAGCUGCAUUUUCCCUAUCUUGCCUUUUCUCCAAGGGGCUGUUAUAGAAUUUUAAAGGGCUUUCUUGCCUGUUUAAAAGGGUCCUACCCCGGUAGGGAGUCCGAACCUCCGAAGAGAUCGGGUGAAAUUAAUUACCCCUGUUCGAUAGUGCAAAACAGAGGCCAACCCAAGGUAGAGAAAAGCAGGGGUAGUUGCCCACGGUUUAUUUGCCAAGAAAAUAAAACAAUCUGCUGCAGCAGCGUGUUCUCUCUCCACAGGAGAAGAGAAGGACCCCGAACAAAGAAUCUCCCUCCCCAUAUAUAGAACUUUGAAAAUUCCCUUCUUCCCAGUCCUUCCCACCCCCAGAAGCACCAUACAUA